CAUUCUGUUUUUCUCUUAAGGGUUCUGACAACUGUACCAGCUCUUCGGAAUAUUAUAUGACACUACAUCAUGAGUGACAGUAAAUGUGAUAGUCAGUUUUACAGUGUGCAAGUGGCAGACUCAACUUUCACUGUCCUAAAACGUUACCACCAGUUGAAACCGAUUGGCUCUGGAGCCCAAGGAAUUGUUUGUGCUGCUUUUGAUACAGUUCUUGGGAUAAAUGUUGCAGUCAAGAAACUAAGCCGUCCUUUUCAGAAUCAGACUCAUGCAAAGAGAGCUUAUCGCGAACUUGUCCUCUUAAAAUGUGUCAAUCAUAAAAAUAUAAUUAGUUUGUUAAAUGUGUUUACACCACAAAAAACUCUAGAAGAAUUUCAAGAUGUGUAUUUGGUUAUGGAAUUAAUGGAUGCUAACUUAUGUCAGGUCAUUCAUAUGGAGUUGGACCAUGAAAGAAUGUCCUACCUUCUGUACCAGAUGCUCUGUGGUAUUAAACAUCUGCAUUCAGCUGGUAUAAUUCAUAGAGAUUUGAAACCUAGCAACAUCGUAGUGAAAUCAGACUGCACCCUUAAGAUCCUUGACUUCGGCCUGGCACGGACAGCAUGCACCAACUUUAUGAUGACGCCCUAUGUGGUAACACGGUACUAUCGGGCACCAGAAGUCAUCCUGGGCAUGGGCUACAAAGAGAACGUGGACAUCUGGUCUGUCGGGUGCAUCAUGGCAGAAAUGGUCCUCCAUAAAGUCCUGUUCCCAGGAAGAGACUAUAUUGAUCAGUGGAAUAAAGUUAUUGAGCAGCUGGGAACACCGUCUGCAGAUUUCAUGAAGAAACUCCAGCCAACUGUGAGGAAUUAUGUAGAAAACAGACCAAAGUAUCCUGGAAUCAGAUUUGAAGAAUUGUUUCCAGAUUGGAUAUUCCCAUCAGAAUCUGAACGAGACAAAAUAAAAACAAGUCAAGCCAGAGACUUGCUAUCAAAAAUGUUAGUGAUUGACCCCGACAAGCGGAUCUCUGUAGAUGAAGCUCUGCGUCACCCUUAUAUUACGGUUUGGUAUGACCCUGCUGAAGCAGAAGCGCCACCACCUCAAAUUUAUGAUGCCCAGUUGGAAGAAAGAGAACAUGCAAUUGAAGAAUGGAAAGAGCUAAUUUACAAAGAAGUAAUGGAUUGGGAAGAAAGAAGCAAGAAUGGUGUUGUAAAAGAUCAGCCUUCAGCACAGAUGCAGCAGUAAGUAGCAACGCCACUCCUUCUCAGUCGUCAUCUGUCAAUGACAUUUCAUCCAUGUCCACUGAGCAGACGCUGGCCUCAGACACAGACAGCAGUCUCGAUGCCUCGACGGGGCCUCUUGAAGGUUGUCGAUGAUGAGUUAGAAACAGCAAGCAUGUCAUCAGUGAAGGAACUCACGCUUCCAUGGGCCUAAAAUACUUGGGAGUUGAUGGAACCAAAUAGAAAAACUCCAUGUUCUGCAUGUAAGAAACAUGAUGCCUUGCCCCUACUCAGUUCCAAUAGGAUUGCCUGCUUAGAUUAUAAAAUGAAGCAGAUUAUAUCUGAAUAAGAAAAGUGCUAGUCACACUUGUAGAGAUUUAUUUUCAAGGUCAUUUCAGGUGAGCAAUUAGGAUAGAUGAAUUUUUUAAAAAGUUGUGCGGUAAUAGUAGUGACAAUUCCUCAUCCUCAGUAACUGUUGAGACUUACAUGCAUGUGACCACAAAUGCCUGCUCGGACUUAGCGUCUAGCACUUUGGAAAUCAGUAUUUAAAUGCCAAAUAAUCUUCCAGGUAAUGCUGCUUCUAGAAUUAUCUCUUAAUCCUCUUAAGUAAUUUGGUGUCUGUCCAGAAAAAAUAGAUUUAUGUGUAUUAAUUGGCCACCAUCAUAUUAUCAUAUCUUACCUUCUUUUAUGCUAUGAUUUAUUCUGUCUUUUGUAUUUCAGAAGGAAUAUAAUUAAAUCUAUUUAAUAAAAAUAAUAACUUUUCUUAAA